AUGAGCUUAGCCUCCACGAUCCGUCUCUCCUACUUCCACUCUUCGCUAAAAUCUUACAUUGAAAGGCAAGAACCAAAAUCUGCUCUGCUUCUUUUGCGCCAGUUUUUGCAGUUCACCGUGAAACCAAAUGACUUCACGUUCUCUUUACUUCUCAAAUCCUAUGCGUCAUCUUCCUCGGCUUUGAAUCCGAUAAUUGCGAAAAUAGAAGUCAAUCAAACCCGAACCCACUUGGUUAAAUCGGGUAUUGAUCAGUUCGUGUAUGUGAGCACUGCUCUGCUCGACUUGUACAUGAAACUGGGAUGCAUGGAAAGUGCACGGGGAGUGUUCGGCGAGAUGCCACAAAGAGAUGUUGUGUCGUGGAAUGCUUUGCUUUGUGGGUACUCGCGAAAUGGGUAUGAUAUUGAUGCCUUGGAGCUCUUUGCUCAAAUGCUUAGGGAGGGUUUGGCUCCUCGGAUUACCACCUUGGUUGGCUUGAUUCCUUCUUGUGGGAGCUGUGAUAAUUUGUUUCCAGGGAUGUGCAUUCAUGGAAUGGGAAUUAAGGCUGGCAUUGAUUUUGAUUCUCAAGUAAAGAAUGCACUAACUUCGAUGUAUGCUAAAUGUGGGGACUUGGGAACCGCAAAACUCUUGUUCGUAGAGAUGGAGGAGAAAACUGUUGUUUCUUGGAAUUCCAUGAUUGGUGCCUAUGGCCAAAAUGGUUUCUUUGAUGAGGCUUUGCUUAUGUUCAAGCGGAUGCUGGAGGAAAGUUUUGAAGUAAAUUCAGUUACAGUACUGAAUCUUCUGUCAACAAGUAAUUAUGCAGAACUAAUUCACUGUUAUGUGAUUAAAUCUGGACUUAACAAUGAUGUUUCUGUAAUUACUUCGUUAGUCUGUGUGUAUGCAAAAUGUGGGGAUACGGUAUCUGCAGAACUGCUUAAUAUGUUGUCGCCACAUGAUAAUUUGGUAUCCUUGACUGUUAAGUUGAACAACAGUAACAUGCGAGGAACCUGUGUAUUCAUCCGAAUGAGGUGUGAGGUGAUGGCCACUGCAGGGACUUCUACUAUAGGACCCUUAGCCAUGUAUUCAUGUGUGGGGCCCCUUAACCCUAAAAGAAUUCAGUCCAAGGAGGUCACCUCUCAAGAACCCAAAGUUAUGCUGAAUACACUGAAUACUGGAAUACACUGUAAGUUGUUCCUCUCACGUACCCCACAAAAGAUCUGGCUACUUGAGCAUCUGCAUGGGUAUCCUGUGUCAUCUUGUCCUUGA